UGAACCAGCAGACACGUAGGGCGGCCGAUACCAGCCCCCCGCUGAUGUUCUCAGAAGCUCUCGCAGGCCUCUGCGAGGCCAUGAUCUGAGCAGUCACCUCUGCGCUGUUGAGUGCAAACACACAACACUGCUGGGGGGCCCCAAGGCUCCCGGCGCACGAGUGGGAGCUCACCCCCGCCGCCGGGACCCAGGGCUACCGCUGCCGGGUGCCCUCCCAGCAGCCACACCUGGCCAGGCCGCGGCCGGCCCCUCACGGCCGGGCCCUGCCGCUCAGCCCCGCGGGCGGCGCCACCCGCGCAGGGCUCCGCUCCCGCCCCCGGGCCCGGGCCAGGUGGCCCCCGCGCCGCUCCGCCGGCAGGUGAGGAGGCGGCGGCCGCGCUGCCCCUCGGUGAGGCGGCGGGCGGGCUGGCGGGGCCGCCAUGAGGCUGCUCUUGCUGGCGUGCCUCCGGGCGCAGACCGGCAACGCGACCACCGCGGCCAGGAUCCGGAGUCAUCUACAUGCUGCAGGUCACAUCUGUGUUCUUAAAGACGCCUUCAUGUAUGAAAGUCCAACUGAAAUAGCAAAUCUGACCUCCACAGAGAAGUUUGAUGCAGCCUUGGCCAUUCAUCUUUAUAAAGGAGGCAGACUUCUGCAAGGUAGCAGAAUUCCUUUUGGGAUCAUCUUUGGUGGGACAGAUGUAAAUGAAGAUAUCAAAUGUGAAGAGAAACAUCGGGUAAUGGGAGCAGUGCUAGGAGAAGCCAGGUUUGCAGUGGCUUUCACGGUGAAAAUGAAGGAACUGGCAGCAGCGGAGUGGCCAGAUGCAAGAAAGAAAAUAUAUGUCCAAACUCAAGGAAUUAAGACUACACCCAGUGAAACAUUUGACUGGUAUAGAUUUCUACAGAAUGCAGGUGACCUGCUAAGCAGGCUCAGGAGCGGCUGUGGCCGGUGCGCGGCUGGUGUUAUAGGCAUUCCUACAGACACAGGCAGUUUACAUGUGUUUCUUUUGGUAUGCGGGCUUCGAAGAGUCAAAGACCCUCUGUAUUUAGUAGAUGUGUUUUCAGAUUGGCACAGAAAGGAUCCUAGUGUCCAUCUGGGCAUAAUGGGACCUGCAGUUGAUCCACUUUUUACAAGUGAAGUUAAGGAAAAAGUUAAAAGGGCACCUGGAGUGCAUUUAUUACAGGAGGUGCCACAGGACGAUCUUCAUGCUGCUAUGAAAAGGUGCUUUGCUGUGGUGAACAGUUCUGUUUCAGAGGGGAUGUCUGCAGCAAUUCUGGAGGCAAUGGAUUUAGAUAUUCCAGUGCUGGCAAGGAACAUUCCUGGGAAUGCAGCAAUAAUAAAACAUAAGGAAACAGGAUUGCUAUUUUCAACCCCCCAGGAGUUUGUUCUGCUGUCCAGGAGUUUGAUGAAUGACCCCAUUAUGGGAAGAGAAAUUGCAACAAGGGCCAAAGACUACGUGAAGAAACAUCAUUCAUGGGAAAGUGAAAGAAAAGCCUAUCAGGAUCUUGUCCUGAGACUCCAGUGAAUUGCAAGACUACAGCUGAUACCCAGCAGUCUAUGUAGAGCACUUCAUUGAUGGAUGUGUAAUUAGAUUUGGAUUUCUCUUGGUUCCUUUUUAGAAGAGAUAGUAAGACACAUUAUUAUUCUAUUCAAAUAUACGAACAUCACAGGGGUUGCCUGCUACUUCAAACUAUCAAAUUUAUCUAAUUUAGCACGCUGUCUCUAGCGUACCAAUUAAUCACAGACUGGUAUCGUUUUGUAAGAUCACACAGGAGAAAUACACUACUUGAGCAGACACACAGUGUUUGUUGUUCCAAGGCCUCAGAGGGAGGAUGGUUUCUUGGACGCAGCGGAGCCCUCCAUCACACAGAGCUUACAUCAUGUUCAGCUCAUGUUGCAUCGUAACCAAACUGCAGCAGCAGUUUUCUUUCCAGUUGUACCAGUCUGAAUGUGAUCAGGCAUGCGACAUGCACAUAUGUCUUCAUAAAGCCAAGGUUAGUUACAUAGAGUAUAAAAUUAUUAAGAUGAACGUUUUCUUAAGAUCAGUUGAUGAAAGAUCAAUUAUCUAUUGAGUGUGUAAUGAUCAGGGGGCCAAAAAGCAGACUGUUGGUGUUUGGGGAAAGUGAGGAGCACAGGGUGUGUUCUGUCCUGCCCUCUGAGUACCUGAACUGGCUGCACAGUCCUGUGCCUGCGUUUUCUCUUAGGUCCUGGGGCUAGAGCAGGAAGGUUGGCACAGCACCAACGGCGCCGCAUGGCUUCGGAGUCCAGAACCGCGCAGUGCUGCCCGCAGCAGUGAGAUGCGCUUGCAGGCACAGAUGCUUUGUUACAUAAACUACCUCUUAGUUUGCCAGUUUCUUUGGUACCUCAGUGAUUUACUUGUUUACUAAAGGAUUUAUGAGAGCUGUAAAAAGGGACGAAGCAGAGGGAAAAGAUAUUUUCCAUUUACUAUGUAUUUUGCUACUGUUCAUCCUCAAUUUGUGGCUUUCAGGAUAUAUUGUAAUACACUGCAGCAGGCUGUUGUAAAGUGAGAGUUACCUGUGCUGGAAGUCCAUGCUAAUCAUUCCUGCCAGCCCAGUCAUUAUGGACUUAUCUUGGAAUCCAUAAUUGGUCAUCAAAGGACUUAUAUAGAAGAAAAAGAAGGUUGUAUUUUUAACUAUUUAUUAGGAAAGUCUGUUUUGUAUAGGCUUGAUCCCGCCCCCAGUGAAAACCAGUGGAUGUUUUCGAUUGAUUUGAAUGGCUGUUGCGUCAGACUUCUCUUUGUAAUAAUGCAGUUUACUGUGUAUUUUAAGCUUUCCUCUUUAUUCUUGAUGAUUUGCAACUGUUGAGACAGUAAACAAGAAAGUAAUUUGAA